AUGACUGAUACCGGACCUUUGUCUGUUCUUACACAAUCCGUUAAAAACAAUACUCAAGUACUUAUUAAUUGUCGUAACAACAAGAAAUUGUUAGGGCGCGUCAAAGCGUUUGACCGGCAUUGCAAUAUGGUCCUUGAAAACGUUAAGGAAAUGUGGACCGAAGUCCCCAGGACUGGCAAAGGCAAGAAGGGUAAAGCAGUAAAUAAGGAUAGAUUCAUCUCUAAAAUGUUUCUACGUGGAGAUUCUGUGAUUCUAGUUUUGAGAAAUCCACUUGCUACAGCUGCGGGAAAGUAAUUUCUGAUCUAAUGGUGACUUAUAUUAAAUUGGGUAAUUGGAUAUGAGCAGUUGAUAUAGAGGAAAGUUAAACAUUGCUUCUAAAUAACUUGUACACAAUCCAUAGAUUACUGUUGUACACAGAAGAAAGAUAUGUGUCAUACUGAUUGUGUGGUAUUGUAAUUAAUGCUUAGUUAAGUGUA